AUGCUGGCUGGUGACUACAUGCUCGCUAUAAAUAUCCUUCUUUCCGGAAACAAUUACCGGAAGAUCUCCCUGUUAUUUCACUUUAUGAAGUUGGGGAUGGUGGACAGGUCCAGCUUCUAUCGCAUCCAAGAUGCUUACUGUGUAGACACAGUAGAAGAGUUUUGGACAAAGAAGAGAAAUGAAGUCAUCGGCCAAGUGCAAUCAAAGGGGCCUGUUGUAGUUUUGGGCGAUGCAAGAAUGGAUAGUCCUUGGUUUAGUGCACAAUACUGCACAUAUACAGCCAUGGACAACGGUACCAAGCAAAUAAUCAGCAUGGUGAACAUUGACAAGAGGCAGACCAUGAGAAAUUCAGUGGCAAUGGAGAAAGAGGGAUUUAUCCGAACAGUAGAAAUCCUUCGAAAGGAACUGGAUGUUGUGGAGUUUUGCACAGACGCACACAUGCAAAUAUCAGCACUUUUCAGCACUGGAAUAUACAAAGAUAGCGGAAUUCGACACACUUUGGAUAUGUGGCACGGCUUCAAGUCGCUGGCCAAAAAAAUUCAAUCAGCAGGACAACAAAGAGGGUGUAAAGAGCUCGUGAACUGGACAAAAGACAUUUGCAAUCACUUCUGGUACUGUUGCAAAUCAGCUGAGACAUAUGAGGAGUUCUUUGAACUAUGGUCAGGUGUCCUGCACCAUGUAACUGGAGAGCACGAGUGGGCUCUAGGUGCCUGCCAGCACGGUCCAUUGCCGGAGGACAGGGAAAAGGCGUGGCUAAAAAAGGGAUCAGAGUCACACUCGCGACUAACUGAAUUAGUCCUCGAUGCUCCCUGGCUCAAGAAUGUGCACAAAUUCCUGAACUUCAGGUCCACUGCUGAACUCGAGUCCUUUCACAAUCACUUGUUGAUGUAUGCCAGCAAGAGGUUCAGUUUCACACCGCCUGUGUAUGCAGCUAGAGCUAUGCUUGCUGCUAUAGAUUACAAUUACCACAUCAACCGACCCCCUAAGAGAAAAACAGAUGGGUCUUUACAGUACGGAAAAGUUUUCAACAAAAAAUCCCGGAAGUGGAGCCUAUACAUCAUCAAGGAGGACAAGGACUACGCAUACAUCAGGGACCUUCAAAGCGCCAUCAUUGAAAAGAAGCUGUCAAGCAGCGCUGUGCCAAGGAAGUCGAAGAAGAGACCAGAUGACCCCCGUCAGUAUGGUGUCUUGUCUGGGAUUCCUGCUCCUUCUACCGGAGAACUACUUGACACUCUAGUCAGUAGAGGGCUUGGUCAGCCCCUUCCAAAGUAGGCUGUAAUGACGGCAACAUCCUGCAAUACAAUCCCUUCACGUUGCACUAUUUGGCACAAUGCCAUUAUUUUAUUACAAUAAAGUCAUGUCAAAUAACUGUCAAGAUUGUGUUUUUUGUU